AUGCAGGCCACACCAGAACGGGUGGGUACCCCUGAGUCCCUCGACUGGAGGAACAGCAUAGAGAUGGCCCAGCUUCAAGACAGCAUCCGAAUACACCAUGGGCUCAGAACCGUAGGAAGUGAAACGCCAAUUGCACCCAGAAGAGCCGAUAUUGAGUGGUUUGAUGACUUCCAACCACCAGCUUUUGAUAACUUCGAACCAAGAGCCUUGCCAGCCAACGAGGCCGCACCCAACAAAAACACCUGGGACGGAGAUCAUGACCCCCAAAACCCCUAUAAUUGGCCUCUGUGGCAAAUUAACGUCAACGCUGGCCUGCUCGCACUCUUGGCAUUUCUCAGUCCCUUCUCGUCGGCCAUCAUGGCUCCUGCAACACCAGCAAUAAUGGCAGAGUUCGACACCAACAACGAACUCUUGGAAUCUUUCGUGGUCUCCAGUUAUGUCCUGGCUAUGGCUUUCGGCCCGUUGAUCUGGGCCCCCCUUUCCGAGAUCUACGGCCGCGUGCCCGUGUACCACAUCACCAACAUCGGCUUCCUCGCAUUUACUGUUGGCUGUGCCUUGGCGCCCACUUUAUCGAGCUUGAUCGUUUUCCGCUUCUUCGCCGGGUUCUUCGGCUCCUGCAUCACAGCAAACGGCGGCGCCUCGUUCGCCGACAUGGUUCCCCUCGACAGACGAGCAGCAUACAUGUCAUUCUUCAUCAUGGGCCCCAUCCUGGGCCCCGUGGCGGGACCCAUCGGUGGUGGCUUUCUGGCGACGGCCAUGGGUUGGCGCUGGGUAUUUUGGCUCGUGGUCAUCACGGGAGGAUUCACCGCGGCCUUAAUGUUUAUCUUCUGCAGGGAGACAUACACACCCUUGAUCCUCCGGCGCAAAGCUCGACGAUCCAACAAAAUCCUCGCCCUUAGAUCUGGCCUGGCGAAUGAACACUCCUCGCCAUGGGCGGUCUUGCGUCGCGGCAUCAGCCGGCCUAUUAAGCUCCUCGUGCUUUCUCCGCUCGGUGCACUCCUUUCGCUCUAUAUGGCCGUAAUUUACGGGUUCCUUUAUCUCAUGAUAUCAUCCAUCUCAGUAGUCUUUGUGCAGACAUAUGGAUUUUCGCCUAACUUGUCUGGCCUUGCUUAUCUCGGUCUCGGUAUAGGCUGCCUCUCAGGCAACCUGCUCGUCAGCUUGACCUCUGACCGCUACAUGAUGCAUCGAGCCGCCCAGCAGGAUGGUGAAAAGAAGCCAGAAUAUCGAAAUUUGUGGGUACCUCUAGGGGCAAUCUGUAUUCCUGGUGGCUUUUUCAUCUACGGGUGGACGGCGGAGUACGGAGUCCACUGGAUUGUUCCUAUCAUCGGAACGCUCUUCAUUGGGUUCGGGUUCAACACAAUUUUCAACUCUCUUCUCCUUUAUCUGGUUGAAUCUUUCACCAUUUUCGCGGCCAGCGCGCUCGCAGCGAACGGAAUUGUUAGAUGCAUCGGUGGAGGCCUUCUACCACUUGCUGGCUUAACUUUGUACGAAAACCUCGGAGCGGGAUGGGGAAACAGUGUACUGGGCUUUGUGCACAUGGCUGUAAUAUUUCCACUCACAGUGGUACUGGUCAAGUACGGCGAGUAUCUGAGAAUCACGUUCCCCAUCAGGCACUUGUGA